AUGUCCGACCGUGUGGCGCUUCCUCUGCCCUCAGGAAACGUACAAACACGUGUGUUUCGGAGCAAUUCUUUCAACCCUCCUCCGCCGCUGGGAUGUCAUCGCUCUCGAAGAACGCUAAGUCUUCCUUCACGAGAGAAGCCGCUCAUUCCUCCGGUAAUUUCGGAAAAUCCUGAAUGUUCCCGACAAGAAAGCGAACAGUAUCGUCAGGAACUAUUGACGUCGCCGCAACCGCAGCAACCGCAAAUACUAAUAGACUGUUGCGAGCACGAAGUUGGUGAGCAAUUUUAUAUUUUGGGGUGAUACAGACAGUGAGAUCUACUCAAAUUCCGUGCCAGAAUGCAUGCAAUUUUAUCUUCUAUCUUAUAGUAGAAGAUAUUGUACAUAAAAAUUGCGUUAAGAAGUAGCUUGACUAAAUUUAGUUAAAAGCACGACCACUACUGCAUAAAGAAGGCCUCCAGUCGUAGGGGUAUAACUAAUUCCAUAGCUGAGAAGCCGUCAAAGGUUGUAAGCUCUAAGCGUAGACAAGGCGCGUCUGAGAGAGUGGGCUACAGCUGGGGUUAGGGGAAUGAGUGUCGGUUCACAGUUCAAACUACAUUUACAACGUUUAAUUACGUAUUGUUUUUCGUUUAGGUUGGCUUAGUCCUGUCCUAGGAUUAUUCUUCAGCAUUCUACUAUACAUUUGGGCAUGCCUACUCUCUAUAUCUGUUCAAGACAAAGACACAUUUGCUGUGUAA